AUGGCUGAGGAAGUAUCGAUAAUUCACGGGCACGCGUUAUUUUUUGACGAAGUACUGGAACGCAUUCCAGCUUCUCUGUACCUAGCGCCAACUGAGGAGGAGAACCAGAAAUGGAAAAAAGGAUUCAAGAAGAAUAAUAAUGAUCAAAGAAAAGCGGAAUUAAAGGAAAGUGCCCAGAAGAAGCGAAAGGAGCGAUUCGAUCCCGAAAAUAAUAAACCCAUGGCUGAACAAAUCAUUGAGCGUAAAAAGCAGCUCGAGAAGGAGGUUGAUGAGGCGGUUAGUUUGGCUGUUCCUGUUCCUGCGGCCAACCGAGCCAAAUCGCUGGAUGAGCUCCGUGAUCGUUUGCGUGAGAAAAUCGAGGUGUUGCGAAAGAACCGCAUUGCGGAAGAGGCCUCAAAGAAGAAACGCACCCAACAGAAGCGAGAGAACCCCAAGAAGGAAUCUGUUCCAGAGAAGCGAGCCAAAGUGGAGGAGCCCAAGUCCAAGUCCAAGUCCACUCCGAUUUCCGACACAGACACCGAGUCUGUCAGCAGUGUGACCCCCUCCGUAAACGAUGUGAUCACAAAGUAAGCCUGCUCAUCAACUUCGAUGGUAGCAUUCAGUUCGGCAAGCUGAAGGGAACGGAGGAAGUGGACACAAGUCUGCGUCCGAAGGCUCGCAAGGACAUCCACAAGCUGCUGCGCCAAGCGCAGAAGAAUCAGGAGUAUCUGAAGAAGCUGAAAGAGACGAAGGAGGGA